AGAAAGAGACAAAGAAUAUCUUUCAUUAGCCUAUUGCUUCUUACUUUCUUAAUGAUAUAAUGAAGAAAAGUUCUUAAUUUUAAUGGAGCUAUUUACCAAUCUUUUUCUUUUGUAGUAUUGCAUAUUCUGUUUAAAACAUCUUUUCCUGGGGAAGGAGGGAUAGCUCUUCCUUAUGGUAGAAUUCCAGUUAUUAAAGGUAGAAGGACAAAGGAACACAGAAAGUGACCAUUUAGGCAAACACCACAGUAAUAGUUCUUUCAGAUGCAAUCGACUGAUACAUGCUAAAAUUAGUGGGUGAAAAUCUGAUGAGGAAAAGGAUUUGCAUAGUGUUAAAAUAUAUCCCACUACCCAAGACACUUAUUAACUACAAAGGGAAAGGUAGUAAGUUUACAGUAGAGAAACCCCGCAGAAAGAAGUUGAAUCAACCCAUCAAGGUUAACAUCACCAGUAGUAAGACAUUGCGGUCAUGAGCCCUGUCUUUUGAUACAAAGGCAAGGACACAACACCACUGUGGUACUGCCAAAAAUGUGCAACCAAAUUCCAAUUACAAAAAUAUUAGAAAAUCCAAGUGGGAGGAUAGUUGAAAAAAUAGAUGAUGGUACUCCUCCAAAAUAAAAAGGCAUGAAGAUAGAUAGGUGUGGAGGACAGACUUUAUAGUGACCGUCUGACUGCUGCCUGCUGGUGUCUGUGCCACUAUAUAACCCCCAACCCUGGAGUGUAAGGAGAACCUGUUAACUUGCUUUUAAGCAAUAGAAAGUGGCAAAGAUGAGGGGGAUGUCACUUCCGUGAUAAGGCUAUUUUAUAUGGUAAAAGAAAUGGUAUGUCAGUGUUGUGGUUCUGUUAUGUCAUGUAAGACCCCAUUAUAGCAGACUAGAGCUAGAGACUCUCUCUGUGGGCUUGAUGAAGUAAGUGGCAAUGCUGGAGAAGCCCAUGUUGCCAGAAACUACAGGUGGCCUCCAGGACCUGAAGGUGUCCACCAGUGGACAGCCACCCAAAAGGGGCCCUCGGUACCAUUGCUGCAAAGAAAUGAAUUCUGCCAACAAUCUGAAUGAGCUCUGAAGUGGCUUCUUCCCCAGCUGAACCUCUGAAUGAAAACACAGCCCAGCCUACACCUUGUUUCCAGUUUAUGAGAUCAGCCUAAGGAGAGCAGCCAGCUAAACUGUGUGCAGACUCUGGGUCCACAGAAAUUGUGAGAUGAUAAAUAUGUGUUGUUUUAAGCUGAAUUUGUGGUAGUUCGUUAGGGCAGCAGUUGAAAAUAUGACCAUAAGAAGACUGUGGAGUUUGGAAGAGACUAAGGAGAAAUAACAGCUAAAUGAAAUGUGGGAUCAUGCAUAGAAUCCUGGAAAAGAAAAGGACAUUAGUGUGAAAAACUGGUGAUAUUUGAAUAAGAUCUGCCAUCCAUAGUAUUGUACCAAUGUUAAUUUCCUGGCUUUGAUUUUUGUCCUGUGUAAGAGCUAACAUUACAGUGAGGGGUAAAAAGAACUCUCUGCACUCUUCUUGCAACUUUUCUCUAAGUCUAAAAUAAGUGAAAAUAAAAAUUAAACCCAAAAAAGGAAAAUUGUGCAUAUCCAUGAUCAUGAAGAUAUUUUUCUGUUUCUUCUUCCAAGUUUAUUGUUUCAGUUUUCAAAUUUAGCUCUGGCUUCUCUGCAAUUAUAUUCUCUAAUAGAGGAAACCUGAGGAAGAUCAUCAGUUUGAAAACCAUGGCACAGGUGCCAUUGACAUUCAGUGAUGUUGCCAUAGACUUCUCUCAGGAGGAGUGGGAAUGCCUAAAUUCCAAUCAGAGGGAUUUGUACAGAGAUGUGAUGUUGGAGAAUUACACUAACUUGGUCUCACUGGACUUUGAUUUUACAACUGAGACCAACAAGUUAUCUUCAGAAAAAAGCAGUUAUCAAGUAAAUUCAUAUCAUCAGGAGACAAUGAAAAGAAGUAGAACCUUCAACCUUACGAGGUUUACUUUCAGAAAUGACCCACAGUGCAGAAUUGAAUUUGGGAGAGAACAGGGGCCUAACAUGGAAUGUUUUAGUCAAAUGACAUUUAUAAAACAUAUAUCUCUUCCUCUACACCAGAGAAUUCACACUAGAGAGAAAUCCUAUGAAUGUAAGGAAUGUAGGAGGGGCUUUAGAAAAUAUUCACACCUUAUUGAACAUUUCAGAGACCAUAAUGGUGUGAGACCCUAUGAAUGUAAGGAAUGUGGAAAAGCCUUUAUAGUCCUCCAGCAUUUUGUUAGACAUAAAAAAAAUCACACUGAUUUGAAACCCUAUGAAUGUAAUGGAUGUGAGAAAGCCUUUAGGUUUUAUUCACAGCUUAUUCAACAUCAGAUCAUUCAUACUGGUGUAAAACCCUAUGAAUGUAAGCAAUGUGGGAAGUCUUUUAGACGUUAUUCUCACCUUACUGAACAUCAAAAAAUACAUAUUGGUUUGAAACCCUACGAAUGUAAGGAAUGUGGAGAAACUUUUAGAUUGUACCGACAUAUGUGCCUACAUCAGAAAAUUCAUCAUGGUGUGAAACCCUAUAUAUGCAAGGAAUGUGGGAAGGCCUUUGGUCAUCGUUCAAGUCUUUACCAACAUAAGAAAAUCCAUUCUGGUGAGAAACCAUAUAAAUGUAAACAAUGUGGAAAGGCCUUUGUUCGCAGCUAUCUACUUAUUGAACAUCAGAGAAGUCAUACUGGUGAGAAGCCUCAUGAAUGUAAGGAAUGUGGGAAGGCCUUUAGUAGGGGCUCAAGCCUUCUUAAACAUAAGAGAAUUCAUAGCAGUGAGAAACUCUAUGACUGUAAGGACUGCGGGAAGGCCUUCUGUAGAGGCUCUCAACUUACACAACAUCAAAGAAUUCAUACUGGUGAGAAGCCACAUGAAUGCAAAGAAUGUGGGAAGACAUUUAAGCUUCAUUCAUACCUUAUUCAACAUCAGAUCAUUCAUACUGAUUUAAAACCAUAUGAAUGUAAACAAUGUGGGAAAGCCUUCAGCCGUAUUGGAGACCUUAAAACACAUCAGUCAAUUCAUGCAGGAGAGAAACCCUUUGAAUGUAAGGAAUGUGGAAAAACCUUUAGACUUAAUUCUCAACUGAUUUAUCAUCAGACAAUUCAUACAGGUUUGAAACCUUAUAUAUGUAAGGAAUGUAAGAAGGCUUUUCGUUCUAUCUCAGGUCUUUCUCAACAUAAGAGAAUUCAUACCGGUGAAAAACCCUAUGAAUGUAAAGAAUGUGGAAAGGCCUUUAAUCGCAGCGAUCGACUUACUCAACAUCAGAGAAUUCAUACUGGUGUGAAACCACACAAAUGUAAGGAAUGUGGAAAGACCUUUACUUGUUGCUAUCAACUUACUCAACAUCAAAGAUUUCAUAGUGGUGAGAAACUCCUGAUGUAAUGAGAGUCAGAAAGCAUUUAACUUUGGCACCUUUACCAUUACCACUAUUCUACCACCUAGUGAUGUUAUGGUAAAGAUUAAAUUACUUAACAUAAAAUUUAAAUGCUUAGGGGUCAUCUGGCACAUGGUAUUUGCUUACUAAGUAUUGUGGCUUUUUAAAUGAUAAUCACUAUUAUUACUAUACAUAAAUUCAUGUGAAGAAAGACCCUAUAAGCAUAUUUUUAAAACGUAUCAGGGCUCAUCCAUAUUUUCUUCAGAUAAUUAAUUCUGGACAAAAAUCCCAUUUUUAUUCAAAGAUCAAGCCCCUGAGGAUGAAUAAUAAUAAGAAACCCUGUGCCUUUAUUGAAUAUUGAGAGUUCAUCUGUUGAAAAAUUGGAGUAGUUUGAAGAAACUUUCUUACAAUAAAUUCUGCAAUACAGAUAAUAUACAAUCCACGUGCCCUACAAUUGAAAUAAAUUAAAAACUAACAAUCUGGUAGCCAAAGACUAGGUUGACUUUUUUAGUGAGUUUUUGUAAGUUUUCAAAUUUACAUAAAAAGUACAACAGUGUUACAAUGAAGUUUGUUUGCUCUCCACCUAGACUCAGUAUAUCUGGUAUUUCUCUCUCGUAAAUAUGAAUAUGUAUAUAUACAGAUGCACAUAUAUAUAUCAUUCUUAUUACAUGUUGAAUAUAUUUUCCAUAUAUCAUUUUGCUGUAUUUUUCAGUGACUGUUUUAGAUAUCACUUCACCUCUAAAAAGUCAACAUACAACUCUUAGAAUUAAAGAUAAUCUUCUAGAUGACCAUUAAACUACAGUUACCUAAAAAACACUAAUAAUAACCUUAUAUUGUUCUAUAAUAUUCAGCCUAUUUACAAAUUUCUCUAAUUGGUUAAAGAAUAUCUUCUAAAAGUACUAGCUUUUUUAAAGUCCAAAAACCAAACUAAGCCAAUUUGUUUUAUAUGACUGUGGUUUAUUGGGUCUAAUAAAAAUUGGACAACAAUU